AUGGCGACCGGCAGCUCGCCCCUUCUGCACCCGCCGGGGCUGGCCGCCUCGUCGCCCAGAGCGCCCCCGGCGCCGGGUGUGCCGGUGCCCUCGACGGUCGCGGUGCCGCCUUCCUUCCUCCGCCCGCCCAGCCUCUUCAUCCGCGCGGCCGCCGCCGCGGCCGCAGCCGCCGCCACGCCGGGAAGCAACGCUGGCCGCUAUUCUCCGGCGGCGGUGGCGGCGCUGGAGCGCGGCGUGUGCUCCCCGCGCACGCCGAAGUGCGCCCGCUGCCGCAACCACGGCGUGGUGUCGGCGCUGAAGGGCCACAAGCGCUUCUGCCGCUGGCGGGACUGCGCGUGCGCCAAGUGCGCGCUCAUCGCCGAGCGCCAGCGCGUCAUGGCCGCCCAGGUGGCGCUGCGCCGGCAGCAGGCGCAGGAGGAGAGCGAUGCCCGCGGCAGCCCCCCGCGCCCGCGCCCGCACCUUCCUCGGCCGAGCGGAGACACGGCGCUGAGCCUGGCGGCGGGCGGCGCGAGCACGGCCGGCGAAGCCGCCCGAAAGAGCUACCGCCCGGAGGUGCAGCGCCGGCGAAGAGAAGAGAAGAUUGAGAAGAAUAACUUCUACUGUAGCGAACCAGGCAGUUCUACAGCCCAUUUCUAUGCACCCUCCAUGAAGUCUGUUCCUGAAGCAAUUGGAGGCCACAGAGAGAAGCCAUCAGAUGCACAGCCUUUAGGUAAAGAGGUGACUGUGCAGUCCUCAUCAGGCCCUGAUGAGUCUUUAGAAGGAACGGACAGCUCAGCUUCUCUGUCUUCUUCAGACAUGGAAUCAGGAAACGAAAGUGAAUGUCCCAAGGACUUGAUCUCCAGUGCUAGUUUUCCUCCCUCUCCUGCCGCUGGUCCCUCCAAACGCAGAUCCCCCCUUGAUAUACUUAUCAGGGUCUUUCCGAAUCACAAACAGAGUAGACUAGAGAGAGUUCUGCAGUCCUGCCAAGGAGAUAUAGUCCAAGCAAUAGAACAGGUACUGAAUGUGGACGAACACAAGCCAGAAUUCGGAGAGCUUCCCCUCUCACCUUUGCCGACACGCAGUGCCUUCCGGAGAUCCUCUAAUUUUAGCCUCCUGGGAGUAGAUGUUGGGACACUUGGCAUUCAGUCAGCAUUUUCCCCUUUUCAAACCAGUCCGGCUUCUUUUGGAAGUGAGGUGAAUUUUUAUGGUCUAAGCCCUAGACUGGGAAUUAGACCACUGAGAGUGGCGUAUUCUCCUCCAGGAAGAACCUUACCUGGACUGACGUCGCCCUACACAACGUCAGGAUUGUUUCCUGCUUGGCCUUUUCACCCAGCUAUGGACUAUUCUUUUUCAGGAGUGAUCAAAGAUGCAUCUUGCUUCCCCAGUAAAGACACAAUUGUCAGUAGCAAGAUUUACAGCAGGUUAAAUGAAGAAAGCAAAUAAUCUCCUGAUCAAAUCUUAAUUGUUGUAGAAUGUAUUCUGGUGUGUGCAAGGGGUAGCAUCAAGUCUCGAAGAUCUACUAAGUAGAUUUUAAUCCUUUCUGUUUUGGGGGGAAAAGGUUGUAAUGGGAUUCUUCAUUUUGACAUGAACCCUUUCAGAGUACCAGCAGGGAAGAGCCAUUAGAAUUAGCAUUGGUUUUAAAUAUGAC